CGGCCUCGCCGCCGGGCCCCGGGGCGCCGCCGGGCGCCAUGCGGGGGUCCUGGGUCACCCGCUUCUGGGGGCUGUGGCAAGCACUGGGGUUAUUGCUGCUGCUCCAAACGAGCCGCUCGCGAGGCAGCGCGGCGGUGCGGCAGUGCCACAGGAUCGCGCCCCUGGGCGACCUGAACUGCUCGUGGGAGGCGCGUGGGGACGCAGCAGCUCCGGUCCAGCUGCACCUGCAGAGCCAGAAGUAUCACCCCAACAGGACGCACACCGUGAAAGUGGCUGCUGGGCAGAGCUGGGUGACCAUCCCCCGGGAGCAGCUGAGCACCUUGGACAAACUCUUGGUUUGGAUGUCCCAGGCGGACCAGCCCUUGGGAUCCCCAAUCUCUGUGAACCUGGAAACCCGAGUGAAACCGAGUGUCCCCCAGUUGUCACCCGUUGUGGACUUCUCGGAGGAUGAGCCCCUGGAAGCAUUUAUUGAGUGGACACCACCAUCAUGGCCGUCCCAUAAAGUCCUCAUUUGCCAGUUCCGGUACCAGUCAUGCUUGGAGCAGGACUGGGUCCUGCUGGAAUCGGAGGUGAAAACCAUCCCGCUGAGCCCUGUCGAGCUCCUGGACCUGGCACCGGCCACCAGCUACAGCGUGGCCGGCCGCUGCCGAAUGCAGGAAGAGGAGGAUUUGUGGAGCGAGUGGAGCCCCAGCGUGUCUUUCCAGACCCCGUCCUUUGCUCCAAGGGAUGUGUGGGUGUCUGGGAACUUCUGUGGCAACCAGGAUGCUGUGUUGGUCUGGAAGUCGCCAAGGUCCUGCAUGCCAGUCAGUUACAGAGUGUGGGUGGCUGGCAGGCAGGAGCCCUUUGCCGAAGGUGUUUCCUGCUGCAGCAUCCGCGUCCCCGCCGGUGUCCACUGGGCCGCGGUGUCCGCCAUCAACAGCACCCGCUGGGAACUGCCCACCAAUCUCUCCUUGGUCUGUCUGGACUCCGCCCCCGGCAGCGUGGUGUUCCACGGCGGCUCAGCAAGCAGCCAGCUGCGAGUGAGCUGGUUGCCGGGAUCCACGGAGCCCCAGGAGUAUGUGGUGGACUGGGCUGGGGACACAGAACCCCCGGAGGCUCUGAGCUGGCUGCGGCUUCCCCCUGGGCAGCACAGUGCCGUCUUGGCAGGGAAUUUCACAAAAGGGGUCCCUUACCGGGUUACAGUGACCGGGGUCUGGCCUUGGGGCCUAGCCCCAGCCCUCCCAGCCUGGGGCUUCAUUGAGGAGCUUGCACCUGUAAUGGGGCCAACGCUUUGGCGACUCCAGGAUGACUCUCCCGGGACCCCCACCGUGGCCUGGGCCGAAGUCCCCAGGCACCAGCUCCGAGGCCAUCUCACCCACUACACUGUGUGUUCCCGGAGCGGAGCAGGACCAGCCUCCUGCAUGAACGUGAGCGGCAGUACGCGGAAUGUCAAGCUACCCGACCUGCAGAGGGGACCCUGCGAGCUGUGGGUGACGGCGUCCACCGUCGCGGGACAGGGGCCUCCUGGUCCCAGCCUCUGGCUUUAUCUGCCAGAUAACAGCUUGAACUGGGCCAUCCUGCCUAGUGUCCUGUCGCUAUGGGGGCUGCUGCUCCUGGCCUGUGGCCUGACCCUGACCUUGUCCGGAAGGUGUCCCCACCUGCACCAUAAGGUGCUGCCUCGCUGGGUCUGGGAGAAGGUCCCGGACCCUGCCAACAGUCAGUCUGGCCAGCCCCACAUGGAGGACGUGCCUCAGGUGCAGCCGCCCAGGGACUUGCCCAUCCUGGAAGUGGAGGAGAUACCACCCCCAGAGCCUGCAUUCGUGGCCCCACCCCAGCCGCCAGGCACGCAGGACUGUGGAUAUGAGAAGCACUUCUUACCCACCUCUGAGGAGCUGGGCCUGCUGAGCACCCCCAGGUCCUAGAUUUCCUGGGACGAUGUGUUGGGGGGUUGA